AUGAAGAGAGUAGCUGCGCAGGCCUCUUUCGCCGGACCCCGCUCCAUUGCGACUUCCCUGUCCUGGGAGGGAGCUGCUGGAGUGCGGGGGCUGCAUGUAAAUCUGCAGGGUGGUAGGUCGUCAGUGAGCGGCGUCGUCGCGACUGUUUUCGGCUGCACGGGCUUCCUCGGUCGCUUUGUGGUGAACAGGCUGGGUAAGAUCGGUUCCCAAGUGAUCGUGCCCUACCGAGGCGAGGAGAGCGCCUUCCGCCAUUUGAAGGUAAUGGGUGACCUCGGCCAAAUCGCCCCCGUGUGGUUUGAUCUUCGCGACAAGGAAACUGUUCGAAGGGCAGUGCAGUACAGCAACGUGGUCAUCAACCUCUUGGGCAAGCGCUGGGAAACCCGCAACUUCUCUUUCGACGACGUCCACCCCGAAGCGACUCGCACCAUUGCCGAGGCCGCCAAGGAGGCUGGCGUGGAACGCUUCAUUCAGGUGUCGGCCGCCGGUGCCGAUGUGAACUCGCCGUCCGCGUUCGCUCGCUCCAAGGGCGAAAGUGAGAAGGUGCUGAGGGAGAUCUUCCCCGACGCCACCAUCCUUCGCCCUACCGUGCUCUACGGUGCCCGGGACAACUUCCUGGUCAAGUGGGGUAUGAUUGCCCGCUAUUGGCCGGCCUUCGUCCGUACCCUUAAGGACACCAAGUUCCAGCCUCUCUACGUGGCGGACAUGGCCACGGCCCUGAUGAACGCCCUCGCCGAUCCGGAAACGGCGGGCAAGACCUACGAGCUCGGCGGCCCCAAGGUCUACACGCUCGAGGAGAUCACCGAACUGGUGACGCGCCUCACCUUUCUCGAGCCCUCCGUGGUCGACGUGCCCUUCCCAGCCCUCCGUGCCUUCGCUCAGGUCACCCAACCCUUCCUCCGUAAGCCAAGGUUCACGGUCGAGGAGCUGGACUACUGGAAGUCGGGUGAUGUGGUGGUGCCGGAGAACGCGCCCUUGACGAUCAACAACCUCAACUUCUCGACGGAGGACUUGACUGUUCUGGAGAAGGAGGCCGUGAACUUCCUGCGUCUCUACAGAAAGCCGGCCACCAUGAACCUCAUCCUCGAGGACCAACUGGACGUCAAAUCGCCGCGCGCUCGCGCGAGCCGCUGA